AUGAUGACCAACUGCCUGUUCAUGAUUGCCGGGGCAGCACUGCAAGCUGCUUCGAGCAUCUGGAUGUUCAUUGGUGGUCGAGUGAUUUCCGGUGCUGCAUCAGGUGGGGCCACUGCUGUCAUUCCUGGCUUCAUUAGUGAAAUUUCACCUCCAAGUCUUCACAACAGCCUCCGUAUAGGAUUCCAGAUCGCUAUUACGGUCGGCAACCUUCUGGUAGCCGUCACAUUUUUCUUCCUCGGUACGAGUAGCGGGUGGCGCUUCAUUGCAGGGUUACCUGUCGUACUGGCAGCUCUGUUCCUAGUACUCGCGUCUUUCGUUUUGGUUGAAAGUCCGACAGCUCGCGCGUCUUUAUGGUGA